CCACGAAGCUCUUUUUAAAAUUAUUUUACAUUAUUUCAGUGAAAUAUAAAUACGUUGUUCAUAAUAAUACUACAAGUAACAAAAAAAAAGAUUUUAGUAUAAAUUAUUUUAUGCAGAUGGCGGCUGCAAAAUAUUGUUGUAUUGUGCUGUAAAAUAUUAAUUUUUGCGUCUCAUGAUGCCUAAAAACAUAACAAAUGAGGUGCGUGAUAUAAUCCUAAAGGUGAAAGAGUUUAUGGAUGAAGAAAAGCGUAUGCAAUCGCCCAUAAUUCCACUAAGCAAAGUAUACGUGAGAGUCGCGGCCGCUACUGGUGUAUCAGAGCGCACUGUGCUGAACAUCACCAGAGAAGCAAGACUGAUCGAGCAGGGCCUCCUGGACCCCAUGGCCCGGAGAGCUCCCAAAAAGAGAGUACGGACUAAAGGCAAAAUAGAGGUCAAUGACUAUGACUUGAGUGUCAUACAGCGAAAGAUACAUGAGUUCUACACAUUCAAAAAGGAGGUGCCGACUAUAAACAAGCUUCUACACAUACUGAAAGAGGAAAUCAACUUCAAAGGAUCCCGUGAGACACUCCGGAAGAUUCUACGGAAACAUGGGUUUCAGUUCCGGAAGACCAAAAGCAAUAAGGAGAAGGAAGCACCUCCCCCUGAGCCCGUGAUGCACCCGCCGCCCGCGCCGCCCCCGCAACACAUGCACGUGCCCCCUAUGGUGCCCUACAUACAUACUGUGUUCGGACACAAGUCACUUCCCCAUCAGCAUCAAUAAACCCUCAGCAUAUUAUGCUGAAACAAUGCUAUUAAUUUUACUGUAGAAUAUAAUACGUCAAAUAAUCUCACUAGGAUAUCUAGAGCUAGAUGCAGACUAAUGUUAUAUCAUUCGCAUGUUUAUGGCUUGGAGAGGUGACCCCAAGUGGCUUCCAAAUCGUACCUCAUUGCAAAUAUUUUAUAGAUAGCAGAUAUCGAAAAGAUAUUAUCUAUAAGAACAACAGUAAACUGCCACGAGGUGUAUAGGGAAUAGAAUUAAUAGAUGGAUUUUUAUGUGAAUCAUGAUAACUUUAUUGGGCUAGAAUAGAAUUAUUAUAUUUUGUAAGCCGAUUCAUGUAGGUUUAAAUUUUUAUUGAUACAAGUUCAUGUAUUUUUUUUCAGAUUUCUUGUAAUAGAGAUGUGUAUACUGAAUAGAUGCUUGGUAUGUGAACAAAAUUUGUAUUAACUCAAUAUAACAAAUAUUUUAUAAUA